AUGGCCACCCAAAUCAAGAAUGUCAUGAUCCUUGGGGGUCGAGGAAACCUUGGACCAUACCUAGUUGCCUCCCUGAUCAAAGCCGGCUUCAACGUGUCCGUUCUCAGCCGUGCAACUUCAGUCACCACAGACGAAACAUUCCAUAGUGCCACCAUUGUCAAGUCUGAUUACACCAUGGAAUCACUUAUCCAAGUCUUCACUGGUCAAGAUGCCGUCAUCUCUACUCUUUCCACAGCCAAUAUCAACGAACAAAAAACGGUCAUCGAUGCAGUAGCUACUGCAAAGGUGAAGCGCUUCAUGCCCAGUGAAUUCGGAAGUGACACUUCCAUUGAAGGAAUCGAAAAUAUGGCACCGUUUCUGAAAGGAAAACAAGACGUCAUGGACUAUGUCAAGGCUAAGGAAGUGGAAAGGUUGACCUGGACAGCGCUUUUCACUGGACCUUGGAUCGACUGGAUGCUGAUCGAGGGCAAAGGACUGCUUUGCUUAGACAUAAAGUCCAAGACCGGUGAGCUAGUAGACGGAGGGAAACCAAAAUUUACCACGACCACUGUAUCUCAAGUCGGCGAAGCCACCGCAGCAGCACUGAUACAUUCCGACAAGACCAAAAAUCAGUACGUGCAUGUUUCGUCGUACAAUAUUUGCCAGGAACAAGUCAUUGAAGCUCUCGAAAGAAUCUCCAGCACUAAGUUUACGCUUGAAGAGUUGAGUAAUGUGGACUUGUAUGCGCGAGCAACCAAGCACGUUGAACAGCGUAACUGGAUCACUGGUUACUACGAGCUAGCUUCUUCGACUGUUUAUAGCGAUGCUGAAGUCACCUACUUUCCCGACAAGGCGGAAUAUUGGAAGAAGGUUUUUGGGCUUGGCGAAGUAGAAAGCUUUGAUGCAAUGAUAGCUCGGGUACUGGAUGUUGUGUGUUAG